AUGUCUGCCACCGACCGCGCUCGAGUCCAAAAACGCGAGCUCCCGCUGACGAUCUCCAAAGAGCUCUGCGCAGGCCGAACUUACAUUGUCACUGGUGCCAACGUAGGUCUUGGACUUGAGGCUUCACGCCAUUUGGUGGGUGUAGGAGCGGGCAAAGUCAUUAUGGCGGUACGCAACCUCGAGGCUGGUGAGGCCGCCAAGGAAGACAUUGUGGCCUCCACGGGAAUCGAGGGAGUUGCUGAAGUUUGGCAUUUGGACCUUUCCAGCUACUCAUCUGUACGUGCCUUUGCAACCAAAGCAACUGAGUCACUUGAGCGCAUCGAUGCUAUAAUUGAGAACGCAGCCGUGGCAGGGUCAGGCACGAAAGCAGAGGGCCACCAUUUGACGUUGACAGUCAAUGUUAUUAGCACUUUUCUUUUGGCCAUGCUUCUUCUUCCAAAAUUGCGCCUUGAUUCAGCCAAGUUUGGAUACUAUCCUCGACUAAGCAUUGUCACCAGCGGUACUGGUCUUGAUCUAGGUGACUAUUGGGCUAAGAUUGCCGAAGAUCCGAUUGUGAACAUGGAUGAAGACGGCGAAUUGGGAAUGAAAAGCUACCCGGCAUCAAAGAUGAUGGAGAUAUUGGCUGUCCGCGAGAUUGCGAGAUUGCUCCCAGUGGCUCGUGGUGGGGUCAUUAUCAACUCGAUUAAUCCUGGCCUAUGUGAGACUACACUCUCGCGAAACGCACCAGAAGCAUUCAAGACUUCUUUAAAAGAGCUUCUGGGGCAGUGCGGUCGAACGGCCGAGUGUGGCAGCCGCACUCUUUUGGCUGGAGCCGUUGCAGGUGAGGAUAGUCACGGUUCCUACAUGGACGAUUGCGUUCCAUCCGAGUAA